AAUUGUAUGCGAAGGUCUAUAGAAAACAGAGAGCAAUCAAGCCCCGUCCCGAUCCAGGCCUCACAGCAAUUUAGAACCAUCGCCAACGUCAACAAAUUCUAGAGUAUGUCUCGGCAAUCACGUAAUACACCCUCUUCGAAGGUUCAGUGGCAUAAUAGUUUCGAUGGUACUCAAAUGGCCUCUAUAUCUGCAUCCCAAGUCAGCUCCAGUCAGUUGAAGGAGUACCUGGACAGAAACUAUCCGGGACAAUACUCAGUGCAGUUGAAGAGAGACAAGUUUAAAAUCACGAUUAAUGGUGGAUCGACAAACUGCAUGUGAUAAAAUACCGCGACUUGUUGGCAUCACCUUUGUGUCGGCCUAAGCAUACUCUUGCCAAAGUCAUGAUGAUUAAACAGCACGAUGGCAUCAUGAGGCGAAGUCAUGGGAGCCGCGAACACGGGCGAUUUAUUAUUAAUGCUUUGCUAUGAGUAUCCAUCUUGCUGGCAAGGGCUCGACCAGUGCUGACGGUCUGAAGAUCAACACUGAAGACAAGUAUUCAACUUCAUAAAUAUAUCAACCACGGACAAUGUGUGGUAUUGAGAAACUGUGACGCCGUCCUAUGA